GCAACAGAGUAAGACUCUGUCAAAAAAAUUAAAAAAAAUAAGAAUUUAACACAGUAUCUAGAACCUAAAAAGUGCUCAAAAUGGCAGCUGAUAUUGAUACUAAUAGAAACAAAUGAUGACACCCAGGAGAUAAAGCCACCGGCGGCCUCAGAGAAGUAUGGCUUUUGGUGUCCUGAGCACUGAAUGGGAAUUUCCUCCUGUCUUCGCCGGGACGCCGUGACAUGUGAUGAUGUGAAGACAGCUUCCUGGGGUGUCUUAUCUGUCAUCCCUCACAGACUCCUGGUAAAUCAGUGACUCCAGCUGAAGCCAUUUAUUCACCCCAGCCGUUCACUGAGCAUCUCCCAGGUGUAUGGGGCACGGGGGAUCAGAUACAGUCCCUGCCUUCAAGGAGCAGGGGCCAGGACAUGGCAGUGUUGUGUGGAUACAGCCGUGCUGGAGGAAGGCAGGGACCCCAGGGCAGCUCUCCCAGGCUGAGGGUGUUAUGGGGGGCUGCCCAAGGGUCCAGACGGCGGAGGAUGAGGAAGAUGCACUCGAGCAAGGAAGGCAGCCCUUGCAGAGGGAACUGUGGGUGCAGAUAUUGUAACCCCUGGGAUCACAGAGAUCCAGGGAGUGUCUCUGGAUAGCUUCUUGGAGUCCUGGGCAUGAGGGAAUGGGAGGACAGAUGGGAGAGGUGAGCAGGGCCCGGUCAAGGCCCUGUGGACGCUACACUGAGGAGUCUACAUCCCAUAAUACCAGCUACUCAGGCAGUACUCCCCAACCUUGCUGCUCAGAAGACUCCCCUGGGGAGCUUUAAAAAUCCUGAUGCCCAGGUUGAUACUAUACAGAUUAAGUCACAAUAUCUGGGGCCAGGAGCCAGGCAGCUGUCCUUUUUGAAGACCCGUAGGUGACUCCAGUGUGCAUGCAGGAAAGUAUGGGAACCUCUCAGAGCUGUGCUGGCAGAGCAGUUUUACUGGGGUCAGACCAGGUACAGGGAGCUCUGGUUGUGGCCUUUGUCCAUUGCUGUGGUGUAAGUUUUCCCAUCGUGGCCACUUUGAGCCUAGCAGCUCCACGUCACUGAGCUCAGAGUCAGGACAGGCUGGGUACACAGCCGGCUUGCACACCUGCAGGAGCUGGCUCCAGCACACGCCGGGCUCUGGCUAAAGGACUGCCUGAUGGAGACACGAUUAGACAGAAGUCUAGAAAGCGUUCGUUUGGAGGGGAAAGACACCAGAUGGGAGGCUGCUGAACUGAGAUUUUCGGGCAGCCUUAAGCAAGGUAGGAGUGGUGGGGUGUAGGGGAAAGGUGUGAGGUGCUGUCUGCGGUCCUCGGGCCUCCUGACUGCUGAUGGAGAGACCGCUGCGCUUCCCGCAGCCUGGAGUUCUCCAGACCCUGACUGUCCUAAUGGCUGUCUCCCUAAACUCAGCCCGUGGGCUAUAGGAUUGAACUAAUGAGUUUAGGGACCAGAUAAGAGUAACUGACCCUUUGCUCAGAGGGGAGGAGGAUGGGGUAGAGGAGAAGGGAAGCUACACAAUGCAGCCACAGUGGUGGCCCCUGCCCCCACCUGCAGCUCGUUCCUGUGGCUUCUGACGCUCAUUGACCUCAGGAUUAGGUGACUCCAGAGAAGGUAGAUGCUGGUCAUUGUCAGAGUAGGACAGAAGGGAGGAAGCCUAUGAGGCCUAGGAACCCAGACAAAAAGGAUGCUUCCCGGAGGGUGAGCUCCAGGGAGAACAGGAGGCCCCAGCUCCCUCCGCUUUUGCCCGAGGCCUCCCUGUGCUGCCUUUCCGCUUGCUUAGAAGAAGUGACUUUGGGUUAUGACUCAGGGAGAGUCAGUUAGACAAGCCCAGUCACAGAACUUGUUUAAGGGAUGGAGGGACCCAGCCUGAGGCCCAAGGAAGCAGCUGUGACAAGCUGGGCCUGGUCAGGGUGUCCCUGAGGCACUGUAGGUGAGGACUUGCCUCUGCUGGUAGGCAUACAGCCCUGCAGGUGUAGAGACAGCUCUGCAGGUGUAGACACAGCCCUGCAGGGGUAGACACAGCUCUGCAGGUGUGCACACAGCUCUGCAGGUGUGCACACAGAUCUGCAGGUGUAGCGACAGCUCUGCAGGUGUGCACACAGCUCUGCAGGUGUAGAGACAGCUCUGCAGGUGUAGACACAGCCCUGCAGGGGUAGACAGCUCUGCAGGUAUAGAGACAGCUCUGCAGGUGUAGACACAGCUCUGCAGGUGUGCACACAGCUCUGCAGGUGUAGACACAGCUCUGCAGGGUGGACACAGCUCUGCAGGUGUGCACACAGCUCUGCAGAUGUAGACACAGCUCUGCAGCUGUGCACACAACUCUGCAGGUGUAGACACAGCUCUGCAGAUGUAGACACAGCUCUGUAGGUGUGCACACAGCUCUGCAGGUGUGCACACAACUCUGCAGGUGUGCACACAACUGCAGGUGUAGACACAGCUCUGCAGGUGUGCACACAGCUCUGCAGGUGUGCACAUAGCUCUGCAAGUGUGGACACAGCUCUGCAGGUGUAGACAUAGCUCUGUACGUGUGCACACGGUCCCUGGAGCUGUCUUCCCUGCUGUACCUUCCACCCCCUUCAUGGGCAUUUGCAACCUGAGCCAAAGGGGAAUGUAACAAGUCCAGAAAUAAGUCAAAACCAGAGCCACUCAAACUUCAGUGUGUGUGCAUAGGCAUCGCCUAUUGGGCUUGUUAAAACACAGAUUCCUGGUCCCACCCCUGGAGAGUCUGGCUCAGCAGAUGGGGGAUGGGCCCAGGACUGCAUUUCUAACAAGCACCCAGAAGAGGUCCAGCCAUCACACUCUGAGAACCACUGGUCUAGACUUACAGGUCCGUUCUGCCCAUUCCCUGCUCUGCUCACUCACCUAGGGGUGGUGCCCCUGACUUCUUAGUACUCCCAGGUAGAAAGGUUUGUUGUCAGCAGUGACAUCGGACUAGCCACUGCGGGGGGAAUUGACCAUGCCUGUGACAGCAGGACCCAGCCCUGUCCACAUGGAAUGGUUGCCUAAGUCCAGGACAAAAGACAAGCCGGAGGCCUCGGAAGAGAUGUGCUGCAGCCCCUGUCCCGGCGGUGCCCUUCUGCGGUGGGCGGCUGCUUCCAGGGCUUGCCAUCUGUUUGCCACGUUUCCUGAGUCCUCGCCGACAUGAUUGAAGGAGCCACAUCACCGGCAGGUUGGCUCCCAUCAUCUGAGACUCCACAGAGGCCUGGAAGCCAACGCCCCUGCUUUUGACAGGCACAUGGUGCUUCUGAAGGAGCAGUACGGGCAGCAGGUGGUCGUGAACCUUCUGGGAAGCAGAGGCGGAGAGGAGGUGCUCAACAGAGCCUUCAAGAAGCUGCUCUGGGCUUCUUGCCAUGCAGGCGACACGCCUAUGAUCAAUUUUGACUUCCAUCAGUUUGCCAAAGGCAGGAAGCUAGAGAAAUUGGAGACCCUCUUGAGGCCACAGUUAAAGCUGCACUGGGAGGACUUCGAUGUGUUCACGAAGGGAGAGAACGUCAGUCCACGUUUUCAGAAAGGCACUUUGCGGAUGAACUGUCUUGACUGCCUGUACCGAACCAACACCGUGCAGAGCUUCAUUGCGCUUGAGGUCCUGCACCGGCAGCUCAAGACCCUGGGGCUGAGUUCAAAACCCAUCAUUGACCGCUUCGUGGAGUCCUUCAAAGCCAUGUGGUCUCUGAAUGGCCACAGCCUGAGCAAGGUGUUCACGGGCAGCAGGGCCCUGGAAGGGAAGGCCAAGGUGGGGAAGCUGAAGGAUGGAGCCCGGUCCAUGUCUCGAACCAUCCAAUCCAACUUCUUCGACGGGGUGAAGCAGGAGGCCAUCAAGCUGCUGCUGGUCGGGGACGUCUACGGCGAGGAGGCGGCAGACAAAGCGGGGAUGCUGCUGGACAGCGCGGCGCUCCUGGCAGUGACUCCCAGGAUCCUGAAAGCUAUGACUGAGCGUCAGUCGGAAUUCACAAAUUUCAAGCGGAUCCGGAUUGCCAUGGGGACCUGGAACGUGAACGGAGGCAAGCAGUUCCGGAGCAACCUGCUCGGGACGGCGGAGCUGACGGACUGGCUGCUCGACGCACCCCGGCUCUCUGGAGCUGCCGAGUCCCAGGAUGACAGCAGCCCAGCUGACAUAUUUGCUGUGGGGUUUGAAGAGAUGGUGGAGCUGAGUGCAGGGAAUAUUGUCAAUGCCAGUACUACCAACAGGAAGAUGUGGGGGGAGCAGCUUCAGAAAGCCAUCUCACGCUCGCACAGAUACAUUCUCUUGACGUCGGCACAGCUGGUCGGCGUCUGUCUUUAUAUCUUUGUGCGUCCGUACCAUGUCCCGUUCAUCAGGGACGUGGCCAUCGACACGGUGAAGACGGGCAUGGGGGGCAAGGCGGGGAACAAGGGCGCUGUUGGCAUCCGCUUCCAGUUCCACAGCACCAGCUUCUGCUUCAUAUGUAGCCACCUGACAGCCGGGCAGUCCCAGGUGAAGGAGCGGAACGAAGACUACAAGGAGAUCACCCAGAAACUCUGCUUCCCAAUGGGGAGAAACGUUUUUUCUCAUGAUUAUGUAUUUUGGUGUGGUGAUUUCAACUACCGCAUUGAUCUUACUUACGAAGAAGUCUUCUAUUUUGUUAAACGCCAAGACUGGAAGAAACUUCUGGAAUUUGAUCAACUACAGCUACAGAAAUCAAGUGGAAAAAUUUUUAAGGACUUUCAGGAAGGAGCCAUUAACUUCGGACCCACCUACAAGUAUGACGUCGGCUCAGCUGCCUAUGAUACAAGUGACAAAUGCCGCACUCCGGCCUGGACGGACCGGGUGCUGUGGUGGAGGAAGAAACAUCCCUUUGAUAAAACAGCUGGAGAACUCAACCUUCUAGAGAGUGAUCUAGAUGCUGACGCCAAAGUCAGACACACCUGGUCUCCUGGCGUCCUCCAGUACUAUGGCCGUGCGGAGCUGCAAGCGUCUGAUCACAGACCCGUGCUGGCGAUCGUGGAGGUGGAAGUUCAGGAAGUCGAUGUGGGUGCUCGGGAGAGGGUUUUCCAGGAAGUGUCCUCUUUCCAGGGCCCCCCGGACGCCACUGUUGUGGUAAACCUUCAGUCACCGACCUUAGAAGAGAAAAAUGAGUUUCCCGAGGACCUGCGAACUGAACUCAUGCAGACCUUGGGGAAUUAUGGGACAAUUGUUCUUGUCAGGAUCAACCAAGGACAGAUGCUGGUGACUUUUGCAGACAGCCACUCGGCUCUCAGUGUCCUAGAUGUGGACGGCAUGAAGGUAAAAGGCAGAGCAGUGAAGAUUAGACCAAAGACGAAGGACUGGCUGAAAGGUUUGCGAGAGGAGAUCAUUCGGAAACGAGACAGCAUGGGCCCUGUGUCUCCCACUGCCAACUCCUGUUUGCUGGAGGAAAACUUUGACUUCACAAGUUUGGACUAUGAGUCAGAAGGGGAUAUUCUUGAAGAGGAUGAAGACUACUUGGUGGAUGAACUCAGUCAGCCUGGGGUCUCAGACAGUGAAUUGGGGGGAGAUGACCUUUCUGAUGUCCCCAGCCCCACAGCAGUGGCUCUGCCCAGCAAGUCACCUGCACUCACCAAAAAGAAGCAGCAUCCGACGUACAAAGAUGACGCGGACCUGGUGGAGCUCAAGCGGGAGCUGGAAGCCGUCGGGGAGUUCCGCCACCGUUCUCCGAGCAGGUCUCUGUCGGUCCCCAACCGGCCUCGGCCACCUCACCCCCCGCAGAGACCCCCCCCUCCAACUGGUUUAAUGGUGAAAAAGUCAGCUUCAGAUGCUUCCAUCUCCUCCGGCACCCAUGGGCAGUAUUCGAUUUUGCAGACAGCGAGACUCCUGCCAGGAGCACUUCAGCAACCACCCAAGGCUCGGACUGGAAUAAGUAAACCUUAUAAUGUCAAGCAGAUCAAAACCACCAAUGCCCAGGAGGCAGAAGCAGCAAUCCGGUGUCUCCUGGAAGCCAGAGGAGGCGCCUCAGAAGAAGCCUUCAACACCAUGGCCCCGAGGGACCAAGCAUCCUCUGAACCAGAGCCUAUACCAGGGGCAGCCAAACCAGAGACCCCACAGGCACCCCCGCUCCUGCCCCGCCGGCCCCCACCCAGAGUUCCUGCCAUCAAGAAGCCAACCUUGAGAAGGACAGGAAAGCCCCUGUCACCGGAAGAACAGUUGGAGCAACAGCCUUGCCAUUUUACAAUCGGGCCCCCGGAGACAAGCCUUGAGACCCCUCCUGUCGCCACAGCUCCUCAAGUCCCUCCUGUUCCCAAACCAAGAACAUUUCAGCCUGGGAAAGUUGCAGAGAGGAGGCCAAGCCAUGGAAAGCCAGCAUCAGAUGAAGCCCCUCCUGUGGCAGGAGCCUCCAUGCCACCACCUCCAGAGGCACCAUCUCUUGUGCCCAAAGUCCCCCCGAGGAGGAAGAAGUCAGCCCCCGCAGCCUUCCACCUGCAGGUGCUGCAGAGCAAUAGCCAGAUCCUCCAGGGCCUCACUUACAACAGCAGCGACAGCGCCUCUGGUCACCCGCCUGACACGGGCACUGCAUUCCCACAAGGGGACUUUCUCAACACUUCCUCUGCUAGAAGCCCCGACAGCGAUGGCACCAAAGCAAUGAAGCUAGGGGCAGCCCCCCUUCUUGGCGAUUAUCAGGACCCCUUCUGGAACCUUCUUCACCACCCUACACUGUUGAAUAACGCUUGGCCUUCUAAGAGCUCAGACCCUUUGGACUCAGGGACCAGGAGCCCCAAAAGGGCUCCCAUUGACCCAGCAUCAGCUAGAGCUUCAGCUGCCAAGGUGGAGCUGCCACCAGAUCGUGAACACAACACCUUGGGUCACUGGUUGACAAUCGGUGACCAAGACAAGAGGACAGCACUGCAGGUAUUUGACCCACUGGCAAAAACAUGACUCCGUGGCUUUGAAGGCCGCCCUCCUGCAGAAUGCAUACCUUCUUCCCUCUAGGCAUCGCUCCACCAGAAGACACACCCAUUUAAAGGCACACUGGCUAAAACAUUUGUGCAUCUGUCACUUGCGUAGUUUACAAAAAUUGUGUCUCUUAUUCAGUAAGAUGGUUAGCCACCAAAAGAUAUUUCAUUCAAGACUUGUUCAUCUGAAGUUUCCUCUUAAAGGAAUGGGAACCUUCCUGUUAAAUUCGGUGUAUGGAUUUUAAGCAAGGACAUCUAGCUGAUGAGGCCCGAGAAGUUCUUGCCCAUUGAAUUUUUAAAUGGUCAUUCAGUUCAUGUUGUCUUUUGUCUUUUGUUUUAUUUGUAUUUUACAGAUUUGGAAUAACAUUUUGGAGAGCUACCUGAAGGUUGAUGUAUAAAGUAAGGAUUCGAGAAAGAGGUCUUUGGGACCAUUAAUAGCUGCCCUGGCCCACUUAAACAAGGUUACAAAAAGUCAGAGUAGGAAGCAGCAAAUAGGUCAGCCUCAUGACUAGACUGUACAUUCCCAUGAGCCCUCGUGUUUAACUGUAUCCAUGUGUAUUAACCUUGAUGUGUGAAUCCCCGGGAAGCUGGUGUCAUACACCGUUUUGCCUCUAAAGUAUAUACUGUUAGCUUAACCUUAGCUUCAACUAGCUGAAGACUCCUGUGCCAUCUCUUAGACAUUGCAUGCCCUAUCAAUUACUAUAAUCCUGGGCCAUGGCGUGCUACUGAAACCAAUUUUUAGCCACCAUCUAGUCCUUAUUAAAUGAAACCUCAUGGAUUCUUUGUUCCACUUAUAUUCCAUACAUACCACAUAAAAGCACAGUGUGAAAACUCAUGCUGGCAUGGGAUAUUGAUUCUCGUUGUUAGAAAAUGGAGAGUAUUUCAGCCUCGUCUGACCGGCUGGAGCUUCAGGGUGGAAAGUACUAUGUGUCCGUGCAUCUAAGAAUCCCCAGGGCAGUGUUUCUGGGUUUCCUUGUCUGUAUGUUUAUUAGGUUUAUUUCUUGCCUAUUCAUUUUACCCACAUUUCCAACACCACUUCUCACCUAUUCGAUAACUGAAAAAGACAUUACCAUAAUGUUUUACAUUUCUAUAGUAAUGUGACAAGGUCUAGCAUCCAUUUGGAGCAGAUAUUAAUAAGAAGUUCACUGGUGAAAUCUUAUUGUGUCACUUGUCGUAUCUGGGAGCCUUUCAUGUCACAGACUUGUACAGCAGUGAUAAAGUGUCGUUCCUCACAUGACUGGGAAUGUCUGUCCUAAAUGCUCACACUAGGACGGUAAGGAUCAUCUUGCCCGGGCUGUGCCACUGUCCUGUUACCAAUUAGACCUCUGGAAUUUCAGAGUUAGUUUUCAUUGUCACUAUCAAAAUGUAUUGUAGAUUACUUAAAUCUGGCAAUCAAAACAAAAGCUACAACAGGCAUCUCUUUUCAUCUGAAAACUAAUACCGGGAAAAGGAUAAAAGAAAAAGGAAUCCAUGAUCCACAGAGCUAAACAGAUAAGAUGCAUAGUUGACCAGACAUAAAAGGGGGUGUUUAGGUGGUCAGGAUGCCUUUGGCGGCAUUUACGUGCUUUAUGUGAUACUUACCUCCAUAACAAGAGAAAUAAAUGGAAUGGUCCUUAAUAGAGUUUAGGGGAGCGCCCAAGAUGGGUUGCUUGGAGAAGCUGAUUUGCCAAGAUGCACAUCGCUACUAACAAGCAAGAGUCAGAAAUGAAGUGAAAUUGAAGAAUUUAUUCAAAUGCUCUUUUCCUUAUCACCUCUUUUCUCACCAAAAAGGAGGUAAAUUUGAAAACAGAAAAAUGUAACAACCAGUCAGGAAAAGUGAGCUCCUCUACUGCCUGCAGUGCUGAAAAUAGAUCUCAUUUUUAGGUUUUCUCUUUGUUCCGGAGAGCAAAUAAAUGGGACAGAGAAUAAAAUUUCUGUUAAGAUAGGUGCUCAUCUCCUAAGUAGUGAAUCCAAAAAGUUACAAGGAGUUUAAGAGUUAAAUAUUAUUUGAUGAUGGCUGUCAAAUUUAGUGAACAACACAGAUUGGAUUUUGAGUUGGUGAUAUGUGGUUCUCAACCAGAAUUCUCUUUAAAAAAAAAAAAAAAAGAGGACAAUUGGAAUUGCCUUAUUUUUAAAAUUAAUGCUUACUAGUUGGUAGCAUUCCCAGGUCAGCAGCAGAGCUGAUUAAAUAAUCUUGACAGUGAGCAGCUGCCAUCUUGGGGAUUUCGUCCUGUGGUUUUUUUAAAGGUUUCAUCUUUGAUGCUACCAUCCAGGACUUCUGUGACCUUGUAGCUUACUUUGUUACUGCUGUUCUCUAACGUGAUGGACUGCUUUAGGUACUUGACAACUCACCAUUGCCUCCCUGAUCCAAGCAUAGUACCUUUUACAUCAUCAUCUUCUCAGACUUCUUGCCUGUUCUUAAAAUUUGUUUUGGUUAAUGGCUGAAUUAGGACAUCAGCUCAAGCAAUUCCUGUAACAGUUUAAAGUUGUUGAAGUUCAAGGCACAUAAUAAAAUUCUCCCUAAUGUGUGUAUAAGUAUAAACAAAGUAAUGUAUCAAAGCAUUCAGUUUACAAUGAAAUCAUUUCAUUGGGAAGAAAAGCUGCAAAGAUUAUUGGGGAACUAGUGAUUAAUAAAAUCCUGUAAUAUUUUUUGAAGUGAAAAUUUGUACUGAAGUUGCACAUGAUACCUAUUAAAUGUUUUUGUCUUUUUU